UACUGCCCUCAUUUGCUCCCAUGAGAAGACAAUGUUUAAAAAAAAGUGACAAUAAAGAACAGAUAGAUUUGCUAUCUCCUUGCGAUAUAUGAACAGUUUUGUAUACAGAGGCUAGCAGUCAAAGAUCAUACACGGAAUACUUACUAAUGAAGGCUGAUGCUGUUGCGAAAACGUGUAGGAGGACUCAAACAAUUCUGUACUGCGUUAUUCAACGUGACGAUGGGACGAAAAUAAAUCAUGUUGUCUGACAGUGGAUUGCAAGUCUCCUCGCAGGCAAUCACUGUUGGAGUUUGAUUUGUUCCAUGCUGGUAAAUAAAACACUUGUAUGUCAAGAUAAUCAAAAAUAAAUAAAAUGAUUGUGUUUUACUUUAUAUAAAAUUACAGUAUUGACAUAAUUACAAACACUACAUUGUCAUAAAUUGAUUUUUUUGCCAAUUUCUUAGCUUCAAUUUAUCGUACAUUGUUUUGCUUCUGGUAUGUGUGUGCCUAAGGUAGUGGUAAGGCGUAGUAAUAUUUGUUCUCUGCAGAGGAUGAAGAAUAUAUGCCAUGUAGUAUUUCAAAAUGAUCUGUCUACAUGUGUUGCUCCACCAUUUGUGAUCAAGUAUUCAUUGUUUAAGGAGAUAAGACUGAAAUUUUGGGGGGACCGUAUAUACCAUCCGUAUUAUAUAUCUAUGUUUAUUUUUUGCAAGCCCCAACAUUUUUAGUUCGCAUGCAUGGCCCAAAUGUUCGCGUCUUGACACUUUCAAAUUUAGACUUAAUUUGAAAAUAAUUACUGUUCAGAUAGCUAAAUAGAUGGAGAGACCACUAGAUGAUUCAUCCCAGUGUCUAAUGAGGCUUCACUAAUCCGUAAUGGACUUUGUUCUAUUUUCAGAUGGAAACCUAAAUGGAUGAAUGAGUUCAUUUACAUAAAUUUACCUUUGCUUUUUUACUUUGCAGAAACACUUUUCAAUUUCUUUUAAGCGUUUGUCUUCCAGGUUCUAAAAAAUUAGUACAUUUAAAAUGGAAGAUUUACAAUAGUAAAGCAUUAAGGAAAAGCGAAUAUGUAGAAUAAAUGUUAAUUAUUGUACUGUACAAUAAAUGUUAGUUUAGGGCAAAUAAAAGCAAAUAUUUGAAAGUACAGUUACUUUUUCUUAUUGUUAUCAUGAUUUAAUGAAAUCGGAAUAAGAAUUGUGUUUUGUGAUUUUAUGCUUCAAAAGUGAUGAUAAUCACAUUACAAUUUAAUUGAAAUGUAAUUAGUUACACUUGUUGGGCAAAACAAUAUGUGAAGUAACCUCACUCUGUGCUGUGUUUUUAUUUUUUAAACGCAACAAAAGCACUGGCUGGUCCAAGUGACACCUACGAGAUUGCUGCUCAACCACCUCCAUCUUUAACACCAGGCAAGAAGCUCAAUGAGUUGGACUGGACAUGUUUUUGGCUCUCAUCUAACACAAACUUAUCAAGAUAGAAAAGAAGACAAAAGCAAAUAAUAUUAUUUUGCAGAUUAAACGGAUUUGGAAUCAAAAGGUGAUCAAUUUUGGUGUCAAUUUCAAGCAAGCAUGUCAUUGUCAAGAAUGUUACUAUUUUUUCAAGAUUAAUUUAUUAUGGAAAACUACUUGAUAUCCCGAGGAACCUUUAUGGCAUUUUGAAUUGGAUUCCCGAACCUCACGCGUGUAUUGAAUCGUUUGAUGAUCAAUACAUUGGAAGCUUUUGCAACGUUCCGAUUGGCUCCUGGCUGAAGCGCAGCUCGUCUUAUAAAACGAGCGCCUCGUUGCGCUGCUUUUUCCCUGCUUCUGGAUCACACUGGAAGCAGCAGAACGUUUCGUCGCGCACAUAACCUCGGAGAACGUCGCACACGUCACUUUGUAACUAUUCUGAAGAAGGCAAAGUUCGGCAGUGAACAGGUAAUUCGGCCAUACCAGAUGUAGCCGAUUUGUUUUUUUUUCAGCUAAGUUCUACUUUGUUCUUAAUGUAUUGAGAAAAUAUUUAGAUGUCGUUAUACGUGAAAAAGAAGUUUGGUUAAUGCUUUGGGGUGUGGUGGAAUUUACAUUUACUGAGGCAUGAAUAGCAAAUCAUGUUAAGUAAUUAAUUUUUGCUGAGUUUGAAAUUUAGAGUGGAUCGUUUUUGUGUCUAUUUUGUAUUUUAGGGAAUGUAUGUAUUUACUUUGAUGAUAAGAGAAACAAAUGUUACAGUGUAAUUGAAAAGUAAUUCCACAUUUUCUCAACACUUACAAAUCACUUAUUUAAAUGUUUUUCUCAUUUGUGUGUGUUAGUUGUUUCAUGAAUGUUUAAGUAAAUGUGUGGUGUGGAAUGAUUAUUAUUAUUAUUUGGGGUUUGUUAAAUUCUACAGUAUCAAACAGACUCCUGUUGCAUUCCAUCACACAAGAGACGUUUUUUAUUUUAUUGUAUUAAAACAUUUGACCCUGUAGAGACAUCAUAUUUGUAAUAUAUAUAAAUAUGUAUACAUAUACAUAGUAUAUUUACUUGUUAAUGCAGAACUGAUGGCUUGACACUCCUAGGUGGACAUGUGGCUCCUGGAGAAGCUACGUAACAAAAUGGAGACCAGUGGAUCCCAAUCUCAGCCCUCGCAGACCACCGAGGCCAUUCCGGUGUCUGUGUACGCUAAUGUGCUCACCCCCGAAAAGAUCCCCAAUUUCUUCAUCCCCCCCAAACUCAUCUGUUGCCCACCAGAAGAGCCAGCCACUCCCAAGCCUCAGCACUGCUCCACCUUACGACCCUCCACCUCCGAUCACGUCAUCUGCGUCCAGACUCCCAGAGCUCGAGGCAGUAAAAACUCAUGCAGCCCUCGCCUCUUUUCCCGUUUCGGAGGGGAAAGGCGCAAUCUCCAAAAGUCAGCAAAUCGUCACAUCAUCCAAAUAGAGAGCGCAGAUGAGCCAGUCGCCGUGACUUCGCACGCCAACACAAACGCAGACCCUCAGUCCCAGACCGCAAUGUCGCUGCCUUACGUUCCCAAGGCCCAGACCUCCUAUGGCUUCUCCACACUGGUGGAGUCUCCUCACACCCGGCGCAAAGAGAGCCUGUUCCACAGCGACCCCAGCAGCCCUCUGACCUCCCCAAACUCCCAGAGGCGCUCUCAAGGGGGGACUCAUUUGACCCCGGCUGACAACAACCUCUACCGUUACUUCAGUGGCGGCGAGAGUGACACCUGCUCUUCGGCGGACUCGUCCCCUUUUAACUCUCCUCUGCUGUCCCGCUCGGCCUCGCUCCUGCGUUCCAUCACACAAGAGACGGUGCACAAGGUAUCUCGUGCCAAGCGCUCGCUGGCCCGCCACAGCUCUCUCUCCACGGACGAUUGCAGCUCAGCCGACAACAGCCCCAACAUGCAACGCCGGCGGACGCGUUGCCCGACUUCUCCCGCGCUCCGCAAAUACAAAGGGAGCAGCUCGAGGGCCUGGGCAUCCGACCCCCUGCAGCGCGAGCACACCAUUAACCUGCACAAGGGCGGGACGCUCCGACUCAGCACGCACUACGACCCAGAGGCGGCGCGGCUGAGGGUUCGCGUGCUUAAAGCGGAGGCCAUUUACGGCAAGCAGACGGACGUUAAAAGCAUCAACUGCUGUGUGGGGCUUUACCUGAAACCCGGCAAGAAACAGAAACAGAGAAGCACGAUUAUAAAGAAUAGCAGGAAUCCUGUUUUUAACGAGGAUUUUUUUUUUGACUCGCUCCCCAAGACGCAAGUCAAAAGUCUAGCCAUGAAGAUAAAAGUAGUGAACAAGGGAACCAGUUUGAAGAGAGACAUCCUUCUCGGAGAACGGGAAGUGUUGCUUAGUGAGUUGCUCGCAGGCCUGUAGGAAAUCCCUGUCGAGAUUUAUGCCGACGAAAAUGACAGCAGCCCUUCAUCUUCAGAGCUUUUCGGGCGUCAUUCCACUUCACAGAGCUGAUCAAUACUGGACAGAUGAAAGUCUUAUGGGAGAUGUAUCUGGCACAUUAAAGGCCAAACCAAAAACCAGACUGGCAAAUUACAGUUUACAAUUACAAUAAGUGGAACCUACUCCUGAGCUGCACAAUGUACUUUGUAUUGGCAUUUUUUAAAUGAGUUGUAAUGGUCUAGUUUACAUGGGAUGCCAAAUGUAUAAGCUGCGCUAUCAAAUGAAUGCCGUUUUGUUUUUGAUAGACUUUGUAUUUGGUAAUGUAUUGGCUACUGACUGUAACAACCCUCAGGCUGCUGUACUAGUAACUUGCUGUCAAAACAA